AUGUCCAUCCCGCGAACUCGGCAGCGUGUUCCCGUCUCGUGUGAGCCUUGCCGCAUUCGCAAGAUCCGUUGCCCUCGGGAUACCCCGCCUUGUGGUAGCUGCGUCCGUCGCCGAAUUCCAGCAGAGCGAUGCGUAUAUCGCAAUAAUAGUGGUUUGACGAGGACACCAUCGCGGGAGUUGGCACGACGAUCUCCCAAAUCUCCGCGACGACCCUUACAUGACAACUCGCCAAUCGCCAAUACUCCGCAUCAAGGUGCCGCUGCGGCAGAGAGUAAUGCCGACCUUCGAGCGCGGAUCGAGAAUUUAGAGCGAUUGUUAGAUGCGAGGACCCAGUCCCAAGGCAGUGGACCGCCAUGUCCUAGUGUUCCGGACCUCGACACAGAGCCGGCGGUAACAGCGAACCCGACGGGCACUCUCAUCUCGCUAGCUUCGGGACAUGUGCGCUACCUACCGUUUACUUCUAGCUGGCGUAUUGUCCACCGUGCUUCCCACGAAGCCUCAUUCCCUAAUCAGGAUAGUGCUCUAACCGAUACGCCUAAUGGACCGUAUCCCUUUGGCGAGCAUGAGGUCGAGAAUCGACACAAUCUAUUAGCAAGACUUCCCCCGACUGAGCACUGUCAUCAAUUAACUAGUCUCUACCUUGACUCGUUUGGUCCUAUUUUUCCAAUCAUACACCGGCCGACAUUUCAGAAGAAGUAUCACCAGUUCUACGAGAAUUCAGACCAGGUACCUUUGGUAUGGCUGGCUCUGCUUUUCAGCGUCCUGGGGACUGCGGUCCUCGCACUGGACAAGGAUAGCCCUAUUCUCAGCAGCCUUAGCCGCAAGGCCAAUCCGUGGGAUAGAGUGACUGAGAUCUCCGAGAGAUAUUACACGGCUGCAAUGAAAUGCCUUGAAGCAGACCGGUACCUUUGGCGCCAUAAUAUCUCCACGCUGCAGGCGCUGCUAAAUAUCAUUUACGGUAUUCACCAUAGUCAUGGGCAGACAUGGACACUGUUGGGCCUGGCUCAUCACCUUGCGCUCUCCAUUGGGUGUCAUGUCGACCCGGCCACAUUCUCGUUAGAUGCCGUGGAGGUAGAAGAGCGUCGGCGGUCUUGGCUAGGUCUCAUGAUGCUACUUUGCAACCAAAACAUGUCAAUGACCGGAUUUGAUAUGCAUCAGAGAAUGUUAUCCUCUCGCGUCCUUCUCCCUGCAAAAGUGUGGGAUGAGAGCAUCCUACCUGGAAAGCCACCCCCGGUGGCCGAACCCGAAGAAGUUAUGACUCCCAUCUCGUACUUCAUCUCGAAAUCUCGCCUUUUCGAAAUAUCCUCCGAGAUAUGCAACCCCGUAACUGGUGCUUGGCCUGACAAUCCAGCACUUCUUCGCCGCCUGGAUGCCGUUAUCCAAGCGGAGUUAGCUCCUUGGGAACAGAGCUACUUGUCGAAAAUCCACACAGAAUAUUCUCUCGUCCAUACUAACCUCCUGCUGAGCUUUGCACAUCACUUAGUUCUACUCUUGCAUUGUACUACGUUGAAUGAACCAUCCUUUGGCCCGUCCGAGCAUAGCUGGUCCAAGCAACGCUGCAUGGCAAGUGCACAGCGAGUCCUGGAACUUCAUGCCGACUUCUACCACUCGCCCCAGUUCGCGCCUUUCCACUGGUACAUCCGGGGUCGAGGAGCCUUCCAUGCCUUUCACGCUGCGUUCGUUUUAGUCCUGAUAUUUUCAAGCGAGCCCGAAAGCCCACCGCCUGUAAAUGUACUGCGAAUGCUCCACGAAUGUUAUGAUCGGCUAGAGGCUUCGAGGGCCCACAGUCUUCUAUGCACCAGGACAGCGACUAUUCUCCGCCAAAUACUAUCAAGCAGACUGAUAGGACCACAAGGAACCUUUUCGAACGAACCCGCAACUGGCGUUACUCAAGGUGCAACUUUCAAUACUUCAGCCGACCUCAGUAACGGCCAGCAUUUUUCCAUCGCUGCGGAUGUCGAUUUUCCUAGUUUCGCCCGGCAGAUUGAGCCCCUACAGUGGGUUAACCCGAUUAAUAUGGACUGGGACCAAUGGGAUGUGAUUAUGGACUCACUUGGGCUUGCAUCCUAA